UUCCAGGUAAAUUUAACUUGUGAUAGUGCGAUUAAUAUAUCCAUGGCUUGCGGAGUUGCGUUAAAGAGGCCAUACGAUUAUGAUGAUUAUCUAAUUGCGGAAGGAAGUGAAGUGAAACGUGCACGUCAUACGCAAACACACUGCUCACCAUUUCGUGCACAAAUUGGUACUAUCGCUGCAUCACUGCCAACUUCAGGUGCAUCGAAUGCUUUGAUGCAGUUACGAGAUCCAAAAGAUCGUGAAGUUUACGACAACUCACCAUUUGCCCAAGUUGGCAAUAAUUUGCAUCUUUCAUCAGGACAGCUAGAAUCAUAUUUGCGGGCUGAAGUGCGUUAUCUGAAACGUCGUCAUCUGAUUCCACAUCGCACGCUUACUUCAAGCGUGACAAACACAGGUAACGGUGAAGGAAGUGGUGCUGUACAACAAUACGGGUCUCAUUUUUCUAGUAAUUUAGCAUGUGGAAAUGGAGCGAAUUCGAAGCAUGGUUAUCGUGAGGCACCGUUAUCACCCAAUAAUAAUUCAGGCAGUGAGUCAGAAGGUGAAACAAAUGUGCAAAAGACGUCAUCAAUGAAGGAUUUGUACGAGAAACCACAGUUUUCUCUAAAACAGGUGAUGAUGAUUUGCGAAAGGCUAUUGAAACAGCAGGAAGUACGUCUUAGAUAUGAAUAUGAAACAGUAUUGAAUCAACGCUUGGAAGAGCAGCAUGAACAAUAUGUGCAAUUUGCACGCGAACAAAUUGAACGUCAACAUCAAGAUGAUGGUGUGGAAUUGUCUUACCUUUCCUAACUUUGAAUUUCUCAUUUCGUUCACGCUGAUGAUGUUGGGUAAAUAAUUUCAUUUUCUUAUUCUGUGGUAUUUAUGUUUUAUGAAGAAUUACUCUAGCGGUGAUGUCUUAUAAUGGAUAGUUGACCACUUUCUAAUUAUGCUCUUUUUAUUAAUGUUGGGCAUUGCUGUACUUUUCUGAGCUCUUUUUUUCUUUCUCCUUACAGGUGAUUUUUUUCAUUAUUUUCGGAAUUUAUGAGAUGUGUAAAACAGUUACAUAAUAGUGGAAUUUGUUGUAUGCUGUUUCUUAAUCAUCAAAUUAAUGUUCUGUUGACUGAAUAGAGCUUUCGAGAAUUAUUCAAUUUCCUAAGUUCUUUGUGAAGAUUUCUGUGAUUUGCGAAAUUUUGUUUGGUCAUUUU